AAACGACAAAAAGUUAGGGAAUAUCACUGUUAUUCUAUCAAAUCCUAAGGGCAAAAGAAGAAGUAGAAAAAAAGUCAGAAUUUUAACCAAUAAGAAAAAACUCUCUCUCUCGCUCGUUCGCUCGCUCGUUCGCUUGUUCCUCCGAUUGGAUUCUCCGUCAAAAGAAAACCUAAGACAGGCAGUUCCGAUCGAAUCAGUUAAGAAAAAAGGAAGAAAAAUGGAUGGAUCGGGAGGAAGAGGAGCGGAUAGUGUAUUAUCGAAUUACAAGCUUGGAAAAACGCUUGGAAUUGGGUCGUUUGGAAAGGUUAAAAUUGCUGAACAUUCUUCGACUGGUUAUAAAGUUGCUAUUAAGAUUCUUAAUCGGAGAAAGAUUAAGAAUAUGGAGAUGGAGGAAAAAGAAUUAUUGAAACAGGAAGGCUUAAUAUUUGGUGCAGUUAGAAGGGAGAUUAAGAUUUUGAGAUUGUUUAUGCACCCUCACAUCAUACGACUGUACGAGGUCAUAGAGACAGCGACAGAUAUCUUUGUGGUUAUGGAAUAUGUGAAGUCCGGAGAACUCUUCGAUUAUAUUGUGGAGAAAGGAAGGUUGCAAGAGGAUGAGGCUCGCAACUUUUUUCAGCAGAUAAUUUCUGGGGUGGAGUACUGCCACAGAAAUAUGGUGGUUCAUCGAGACCUUAAGCCUGAAAAUUUGCUUCUGGAUUCCAAAUGCAAUGUGAAGAUUGCUGAUUUUGGCUUGAGCAACAUAAUGAGAGAUGGCCAUUUUCUGAAGACAAGCUGUGGUAGCCCAAACUAUGCUGCCCCAGAGGUUAUUUCUGGGAAACUGUAUGCUGGACCUGAAGUGGAUGUAUGGAGCUGUGGUGUUAUAUUGUAUGCCCUUCUUUGUGGCACCCUUCCUUUUGAUGAUGAAAACAUUCCCAAUCUCUUUAAGAAAAUAAAGGGAGGCAUAUACACUCUUCCAAGCCAUUUAUCUCCUGGUGCUAGAGACUUGAUUCCUCGUAUGCUUGUAGUUGAUCCAAUGAAAAGAAUGACCAUUCCUGAGAUCCGCCAGCACCCAUGGUUUCAAGCACAUCUUCCUAGAUAUUUAGCUGUUCCCCCACCGGAUACAAUGCAGCAAGCAAGAAAGAUUGAUGAGGAGAUUCUUCAGGAAGUUGUCAGAAUGGGAUUUGAAAGGAACCAUCUGGUUGAAUCUCUUCGCAAUAGAAUUCAGAAUGAGGGAACUGUUGCUUACUACUUACUAUUGGACAAUCGUUUCCGCGUCUCAAGUGGCUAUCUUGGAGCUGAGUUUCAAGAAACUAUGGAAUCUGGCUUCAACCGCAUACAUCCAAGUGAACCGACAUCUCCAGCUGUUGGACACCGCCUUCCAGGAUUUGCUGAUUAUCAAGCAAUGGGUUUAAGAGGCCUUGAGAGGAAAUGGGCUCUUGGACUUCAGUCUCGAGCCCAUCCUCGUGAAAUUAUGACUGAAGUUCUCAAAGCUCUGCAAGAACUCAAUGUCUGUUGGAAGAAGAUAGGGCAUUACAACAUGAAGUGCAGGUGGCUGCCUAGCAUUACUGGUCUUAAUGAAGGCAUGCUUAACAAUAAUCACUAUUUUGGUGAUGAAUCAACCAUUGUGGAAAAUGAUGGUGUUACCAAAUUGCCGAAUGUUGUCAAAUUUGAAGUGCAGCUUUACAAAACUCGCGAGGAGAAGUAUCUGCUGGAUCUUCAAAGGGUUCAGGGACCUCAGUUUCUCUUCUUGGAUCUUUGUGCCGCAUUCCUUGCACAGCUUCGGGUCCUCUAAAAUAGGCAGGCUGUAUUUCUAAGGACCCUUACUCCAUGAAUCUCCUAUGAUGCAUGUGAAUAACAACAUUCUAUGUAUAUAACUGUUCCUUUUUCCGUCUUUUUUUUUUUUUUUUGGGUGACCCUCUAUUUUAGAUGGGUUAACUGUGGAGAGGCCAGUCCUCAAACACUAGGAUUGGCCAAGGCAAUAUUACUAUGUUAGUCCUGCUUCUGACAAAGUUUGCCUUCAAUUAUAAGUAGGGUUUCCACAAUGUUAUGGAACCUAAGGGGAGAUUUUAUGAAUUAUGAUGAUAGAAUUCACCUUGGUCUUUUGGAUUAUUCCCCCUCACCCCCCGCCCCCCAAGUACGUUGUGUAUUAAUGUCCAAAUAGGUCAAAACUUUUGAUGAUCAUUUUGUUCCCCUUGCUCCCACACUGCCAAUGUUGUAGUAUCAGCCUACGUUACUUUGUACUUGAUUGUAAUCAUUGGAUAUGAGAUGUAUCCGACUUGGGUAUGGUUUAAUGUAUCUGGAGGAUUUUUGGAAGGUUA